AGUAGCUCUGGUUCUGCCGUCCCGGGAGCUCGCUCGCUCUCACACGCGAGCGCACACACACACACACACCUUUACCUGCACAGACUUGAAAGUCCAGUUUCACCAGAGAGACUGAGGCAUCUGGAAAAGGGGAGAGAGUUCAUUGGAUCAAACAUGUCACAAGAGACGGACAAUAAAAACCGGCUUGUGACUAUAGUGCCAAGCGAUGCUCCUUUUAAUACCAGAAGAGCUUACACAAGUGAAGAUGAGGCUUGGAAGUCUUAUCUGGAAAACCCCUUAACAGCAGCUACUAAAGCUAUGAUGAGCAUCAACGGAGAUGAGGACAGUGCUGCUGCUCUGGGAUUAUUAUAUGACUAUUAUAAGGUUCCAAGAGAUAGAAGAUUAUUGCCUGUUAACAAAGUGAGUGAUAAUCAAGAAGACCAGGAGAAAAGAAACUGUCUUUCCACCAGUGAAACACAAAGUAACUUGAGCAGCAAUGGUGAGAAUAGAGUACAGGUCUUGAAAACAGUGCCAGUAAAUCUCUCUGUGAACCAAGAGCAGCUGGACACUUCCAAAAGGGAGCAGUUCAGUUCAAAUGUAUCAGGAAGCCCAUCCUCCAUUUCUGUGACUGGAGUAAUGGUAGUGAAAGCAGAAGAAUAUACCCCAGUUUACAUGACUCCUUCAGUGCAUUAUGCCAGGGGAGAAAAUGAAGAACAUCGGGGAGUCAUAUUUGAACAUGCGCAUUAUGAAGUGCCUAGCAUCACACCCCAUUCAACCUAUAUGAAAGAUGAUCAGCGCAGCACUCCAGACAGUACUUACAGUGAUACCUUUAAAGAUGGAGGAGCAGAGAAAUUUCGCAGUAGUUCUACAGGUCCUGAGGAAUAUAUUUAUGAACAAACAGCCAAUAACACAUUUCGAUAUACUUUGGAAGCUACCAAAUCCCUCCGCCAAAAACAAGGAGAAGGACCAAUGACUUACUUAAACAAAGGGCAGUUUUAUGCCAUAACACUCAGUGAAGCUGGGGACAACAAAUGCUUCAGAUAUCCAAUCAGCAAAGUCCGGAGUGUGAUCAUGGUUGUAUUCAGUGAAGAUAAAAAUCGAGAUGAGCAGUUGAAGCACUGGAAAUAUUGGCAUUCACGACAGCACACAGCUAAACAGAGGGUCUUGGACAUUGCUGAUUAUAAGGAAAGUUUCAACACCAUUGGAAAUAUUGAAGAAAUUGCCUAUAAUGCUGUAUCAUUCACUUGGGAUGUUAAUGAAGAGGCAAAGAUUUUCAUCACAGUGAACUGCUUAAGUACAGACUUCUCUUCUCAAAAAGGAGUCAAGGGUCUUCCUUUGAUGAUUCAGAUUGACACAUACAGUUACAAUAAUCGCAGCAAUAAACCCAUUCAUCGGGCCUUCUGCCAAAUCAAAGUUUUUUGUGACAAGGGAGCUGAAAGGAAAAUCCGAGAUGAAGAAAGAAAGCAAAACAGAAAGAAAUCGAAAGGCCAAGCUUCUCAGGCAGCUUGCCCUAAUGCAGAAGGGAAGUUGAUAGCUGUGCCUCUCCAAAAGAAGAGUGACAUCACCUAUUUUAAAACUAUGGCUGACCUGGAUUCCCAGCCUGUUCUUUUCAUACCAGAUGUUCAUUUUGGCAAUCUCCAAAGAGCUGGACAGGUUUAUUAUAACACCGAUGAUGAACGAGAAGGUGGUAGUAUUCUAGCUAAACGGAUAUUCCGCACAGUUGAAGAGGACUUUGUUCCACCACCGUUGAAACAAAUAAAAGAAGAAGGAACAAAGAGAGUUCUCCUGUAUGUGAGGAAAGAAGCGGAUGAAGUGUUUGAUGCUUUGAUGUUAAAGUCUCCCACAGUAAAAGGGCUUAUGGAUGCAAUUUCUGAGAAAUAUGGCCUUCCAGCUGAGAAGAUUACAAAGCUUUAUAAAAAAAGCAAAAAAGGGAUUCUGGUAAAUAUGGAUGAUAACAUCAUUGAACAUUAUUCCAAUGAAGACACUUUCAUCCUAAACAUGGAGAACAUAAUGGAGGGUUUCAAGGUCACGUUGACGGAAAUCUAGUCUAGACCAGCACAGACCUUGUGAAGUGAAAACAUUUUACCAUCAAGGAAGGAAGAAGUAAUAAUAAAACCCCCGAUUUCAUUGAUACGGAGAAGAAAGGUUGUUACAAAACUAAGUUGUAAACAACCACAUUUCAUUUUUUUGCCACUGGAAACCAAUAGGGCAAUUACUGACAAGUCUGUUCAAAAGAACAUUUCUUCAUAAAGUUCCUUAUUUAUUGCUCCUCACUCUGCAAUAUGUAAAUAAUCAGUGGAUCCUAUACUUCACGAUGUUGCGAAGGAGACAGAGACUUUAAAUAAAAACAACAUAGUUAAUACAAGAAAAAAUAAUAAGUUGAAGAAUCAUAGUUCUACUGGGACUUAAUCACUAAAAUUUCACCCUCUAAAAUGAAUUGCUAGAAAAUAUGAUAAGUGUUAACAAUGAGCAAAGUGCCUGGUGAUCUUUGCAUACCUACUGUAUACAAACUUCUAGUGCUGAGUAUCACGUAGCUCAACCAUAUCCCUCCCUUUGCAGGUCAACUGAGGGCUUUUAAGACUCUCAGAUGACAUGUACUUUGUAAGUAAAACACCAUCCAUUUUAACCUCUGUAUAUAUUUGUU